CCUGGCUCAGCUGUCCGUGUCUAAGUUAACUUUUUAAUCCCGCUUUAAUCCUGUCUUUUUGAGGAGGCGGCGGAGGGUGGGUGAGAAAAAAGGGGCGACAAAAAUCAGUCAUGGUUUUAAAUUAACGUGAAUGCCGGAGCGUCUUCUGUACUACCAGCCCGCUGAUAUUGAAGACAGAAGAGGCGCAAGGGGAAGGAGAAGAGACAGCCAAGCGGCGUCCAAGAUGCUGUGGGGUGUACUGAUAAGUUUGCUGGUCAGCCUAAGUGCAGGCGUUCAGGGCAACGCUGAGUGUUCUUGUGGGAGGAACCACUUCACAUGUGCGGUCAGUGCGUUUGGUGAGUGCACCUGUAUCCCGGCUCAGUGGCAGUGCGAUGGAGACAACGACUGCGGGGACCAUAGUGAUGAGGAUGGGUGCAUGCUUCCCACCUGCUCACCGCUGGACUUCCACUGUGACAACGGCAAAUGUAUCCGCCGCUCGUGGGUAUGUGACGGAGACAAUGAUUGUGAGGACGACUCCGAUGAGCAGGACUGCCCACCCAGAGAGUGCGAGGAAGAUGAGUUUCAAUGCCAAAACGGCUACUGUAUUCGUAGCCUCUGGCACUGUGAUGGAGACAAUGACUGCGGGGACAACAGCGAUGAGCAGUGCGACAUGCGUAAGUGUUCCGACAAGGAGUUCCGCUGCACAGAUGGCAGCUGCAUCGCUGAGCAUUGGUACUGUGAUGGAGACACGGACUGUAAAGACGGAUCUGAUGAGGAAAACUGCCCCUCAGAUGUAAUGGCAGCCACCUGCAGCGUUGAGGAGUUCCAGUGUGCAUAUGGCCGCUGUAUCCUGGACAUCUAUCACUGUGAUGGAGACGACGACUGCGGAGACUGGUCGGAUGAGUCGGACUGCUCAUCCCAUCAGCCAUGCAGGUCUGUUGAGUUCAUGUGCAGCAGUGGGAUGUGCAUCAACGCUGGCUGGAGAUGUGACGGCGAGUUUGACUGCGAUGAUCAGUCCGACGAGAAGAAUUGCACUACGUCCAUGUGCACAGCUGACCAGUUUCGGUGUGCAACAGGACGCUGUGUCCGGUUGUCGUGGCGAUGCGAUGGUGAAGAUGAUUGUUCAGAUCGCAGUGAUGAAGAGGGCUGUGAGAAAACUGAGACAUCCCCUUGUGCUCCGGACCAGUUCCAAUGUGGGAAUGGACGCUGUAUUGGUCAGAGGAAGGUGUGCAAUGAGGUCAACGACUGUGAAGACGGCACUGAUGAACUCCCACACCAUGAAUGUCGUCCACGCUCCAGUGAUGGUAACUGUAAUCAAAAUAACGGAGGUUGCUCCCAGAAGUGUCAGAUGGUUCGAGGACUGGUCCAGUGCACCUGUCACACUGGAUACCGACUGAUGGAUGACGGCAGAUCCUGCCAAGAUGUGGACGAGUGUGCUGAGGAAGGCUACUGCAGCCAGGGUUGCACCAAUAUAGAAGGCGGCUUCCAUUGCUGGUGUGUUCAAGGCUAUGAGCUGCGGCCCGACAAGCGGAGUUGCAAGGCUCUGGGUCCAGAGCCAGUGCUGUUGUUUGCCAAUCGAAUCGAUAUUCGUCAGGUUCUGCCACACCGCUCUGAAUACACGUUGCUGCUCAACAACCUUGAAAACGCCAUCGCCCUCGACUUCCAUCAUAGCCUUGAGCUGGUUUUCUGGUCAGAUGUGACACUGGACCGCAUCAUGAAGGCCAACCUCAAUGGGUCCAACGUGGAAGAGGUUGUGUCUACCGGCCUGGAGAGCCCAGGUGGGCUGGCUAUUGACUGGAUCCAUGAUAAACUGUACUGGACAGACUCUGGGACCUCCCGCAUUGAGGUGGCCAACUUGGAUGGGACCCAUCGCAAGGUGCUGCUGUGGCAGAACAUGGAGAAGCCCCGGGCCAUCGCGCUGCACCCUAUAGAGGGUAAGAUCUAUUGGACUGACUGGGGCAACACACCUCGCAUUGAGUAUGCCAACAUGGAUGGCUCUAAUCGGCGGGUCAUCGCAGACACACACUUGUUCUGGCCCAAUGGCUUAACCAUCGACUAUGCAGGCCACCGCAUGUAUUGGGUAGACGCCAAGCACCAUGUCAUUGAAAGGGCCGACCUGGAUGGGCGCAAUCGCAAAGCUGUCAUCAACCAAGGUCUUCCUCACCCAUUUGCCAUCACAGUGUUUGAGGACAGCCUCUACUGGACAGACUGGCACACUAAGAGCAUCAACAGUGCCAAUAAAUUCACUGGCAAGAACCAAGAGAUCAUCCGUAACAAGCUGCACUUUCCCAUGGACAUCCACACCUUGCACCCCCAGAGGCAACCUGAAGGAGGCAAGAACCGCUGUGGCGCCAACAACGGAGGCUGCAGCCACCUGUGUCUCCCUAGCAACAAGACCUACACCUGUGCUUGUCCAACUGGCUUUAAGAAGGUGGACCACUACAACUGUGCCAACAGUCUUGACAAGUUCCUGCUUUUUGCCCGAAGGACGGACAUCCGACGAAUCAGCUUCGACACAGAGGAUAUGUCAGAUGAUGUCAUCCCUCUGGCUGAUGUGCGCAACGCUGUGGCACUGGACUGGGAUGCCAGAGACGGCUACAUCUACUGGACUGAUGUCACCACUGACUCCAUCAACAGAGCCCUGUGGAAUGGCAGCAAACAGGAGUUGGUGGUGGACACCAGUCUGGAAAGUCCAGCAGGUUUAGCUAUUGACUGGGUGACCAACAAACUCUACUGGACUGAUGCUGGUACAGAUCGCAUUGAGGUCUCUAAUGCAGAUGGGAGUAUGCGGACUGUGCUUAUAUGGGAGAAUCUUGACAGGCCCAGAGACAUUGUUGUCGACCCAGUUGGAGGCUUCAUGUAUUGGACUGACUGGGGUGCCAACCCCAAGAUUGAACGUGCUGGGAUGGACUCUUCCAAUCGGAUAGUCAUCAUAUCUUCCAACUUGACAUGGCCCAAUGGACUUGCCAUUGACUAUGACACUAAACGCUUGUACUGGGCAGAUGCUGGCAUGAAGACGAUUGAAUACGGGAACUUUGAUGGUUCUAACCGACAGGUUUUGAUUGGCAGCCAGCUGCCUCACCCCUUUGGCCUCACUGUGCAUGAAGACAUGCUGUACUGGACAGACUGGCAGUCUAAGAGCAUCCAGAGCGCAAACAAGCUCACCGGCUUGGGACGGCAUACGCUUGCCGAAAACCUGGAGAACCUCAUGGAUAUUCACAUGUUCCAGAGGCACCGCCAGACAGUACACAACUCGUGUGCAGUGAAUAACGGAGGCUGUAGCCACCUGUGUCUUCUGGCUCCUGCUCCCAAAGCUUACAGCUGUUCUUGUCCCACCGGGAUCAACCUUCAGUCAGAUGGAAAGACCUGCACACCUGGGAUGAGCAGCUUCCUUAUCUUUGCACGGAGGACAGACAUUAGAAUGGUUUCUCUGGAUAUCCCGUACUUUGCCGAUGUGGUUCUUGCUGUCAACAGUUCCAUGAAAAACACUAUUGCUAUUGGCGUUGACCCAAAAGAUGGAAAGGUGUAUUGGUCUGACAGUACACUGAAAAAAAUCAGCAGAGCCAACAUCAAUGGAACAGCUGAUGAAGACAUAAUAUCUACAGGAUUGAUGACGACAGAUGGCUUGGCAGUCGAUGCUGUAGGCCGAAAGAUUUACUGGACAGACACAGGAACUAACCGGAUAGAAGUUGCCAAUCUGGAUGGCUCCAUGAGGAAGGUUCUCGUGUGGCAAAACCUGGACAGCCCUCGAGCCAUUGCCCUCUACAAUGAGAUGGGUUACAUGUACUGGACUGACUGGGGAGAACAUGCUAAGCUGGAACGCUCUGCGAUGGAUGGGUCAGACCGAGUGGUCCUUAUCAAUAACAACCUGGGCUGGCCCAAUGGUCUUGCAAUAGACAUGGCUGGCUCACAAUUGCUGUGGGCUGAUGCUCAUACUGAGCGUAUCGAGGCGGCUGACCUUAAUGGCCAAAACCGCCGGACCCUUGUGACUCCAGUCCAGCACCCAUACGGUUUAACCCUUUUAGGGUCCCACAUCUAUUGGACUGACUGGCAGAGCCGCAGCAUCCAACGGGCAGACAAGAAUACCGGUGCCAAUACCAUUACUGUACGUGCCAACCUACCUGGCUUAAUGGACAUUCAGGCUGUGGAUAGGGAGAGACCUCUGGGAUUUAAUAAGUGUGGCAGAAAGAACAGUGGCUGCACUCACCUGUGCCUGCCUCGUCCCAACGGUACGUCCUGUGCUUGUCCCACUGGCAUCCUGCUCAAGGGCGAUGGAAGAUCAUGUGACAACUCCCCAGAGACCUACCUUGUUUUCUCCAACCGAGUCAGUGUCCGGAGAAUCUCCUUGGACACAAACGAUCACACAGAUGUGCACGUACCCGUGCCUGAGCUUCACAACGUCAUUUCGCUAGAUUACGACAGCGUUGAUGGAAAACUGUACUACACUGAUGUCACCUUGGAUGUGAUAAGGCGGGCCAGCCUGGACGGCACUGGCAUGGAGACUGUAAUCAGCCAGGGCCUAAAGACCACAGAUGGGCUGGCUGUGGACUGGGUGGCCAGGAACAUGUACUGGACUGACACCGGCAGAAACACCAUCGAGGUGGCACGUCUUGAUGGAACAAGCCGCAAAGUCUUGGUCAACAAUAGCUUAGAUGAACCCAGAGCCAUUGCGGUGUUCCCGAGCAAAGGAUUCCUGUUCUGGACCGAUUGGGGUCAUAUUGCAAAAAUUGAGCGGUCUCACCUGGAUGGUACAGACCGGAAAGUUCUGAUCAACACUGACCUGGGCUGGCCUAAUGGACUCACAUUAGACUAUGACACAAGGAGGAUCUUUUGGGUUGAUGCCCACUUGGACAGGAUAGAGAGCUCCGACCUGAGUGGGAAGCUGCGUCAGAUCCUUGUUAGCCCAGUGUCCCACCCCUUCGCCCUAACACAGUUGAAGCCGGUGUCCUCCCCUCUAACUCCUUUCUCCCGACUCUCGCAGCAAGACCGUUGGAUCUACUGGACUGAUUGGCAGACUAAGUCUAUCCAGCGGGUGGACAAACACAAUGGCCGUAACAAGGAAACUGUGCUGGCCAAUGUUGAGGGCCUCAUGGACAUUAUUGUGGUAUCACCUAACAGGCAGACAGGGACCAAUCUCUGUGGGGUGAACAAUGGAGGCUGCACUCACCUCUGCUUUGCCAAGACCAACAGUUUUGUCUGUGCGUGUCCUGACGAACCAGACGGACGACCAUGCUCCACCAUUGCAGGCUACGUCCCUACUUCUCCUACCAGAGAGACUAGCAGCACGCCUGUCCCGAAUAAAAUCCCCAAAGCUCCAACAGAACCCUCCCAAAGAGGACCCACAGUGGUCAAUUGCACUGACAAGAACCUGAAUGUGGAAGAGUGCUUACAGAGUAAUGUGGUGACAGCUCCCCAUGGAGAAGGACUUCAUAUCAGCUAUGUGAUAGGUGGAGUUUUGACCAUUCUGGCUAUUCUGAUUCUCAUUGCUGCUUUAAUUAUUUAUAGACAUAAAAAGUUGAAGUUUGCUGACCCAGGAGUUAGCAACCUGACCUACAGUAACCCUUCAUACCGUACAUCCACGCAAGAGGUCAAGAUCGAGGCCUCUCAAAAGCCUCCAAUUUACAACCAACUGCGGUAUAAGAAAGAGGGUGGUGUGGAUGGAGGCUACACAAAGGAGAAGAUCCGCAUCGUGGAGGGCGUGUGUCUCCUGUCAACAGAGGAGCUUUACUGGGACGACUUAAAACAGAUCAAGCCCUCCCGAGGGGGCCUGCACACCUGCAUGCGCACAGACACCGUCUCAUUACAGGCAAGCAGUGCUUCGUUGGAUGAUGGAGAGACAGAGCAGCUCCUCCAGGAGGAAGCGUCUGAAUGUUCCUCCAUAACAACACUGACCCCUUCAGCCAUUACCCCACAGCGUCAUGCCCAGCACAGCCUGCCCGACACCGGCUGGGCGUCAAUGCGCAAGCCCUCCACUGAGAGUGAAGUGUGAGGACAGCCUUUGCUCUUUAUCUCCUUUGCAAAAACACGCAUAUACACGCCUGUAUUUAUAGCUGGUGCAAACAGGAUGCAAAGUACUAGCACAGUUACAUAUUUAGAGUCGGAGUCAAAUAAACAAGUUCUGAUAAACUCAACUCUUUUUCUGAAACUGGGACUCCGUCCUACUUGUACAGGCAUAAGCACACAAACCCCUUAGUGCUCUGUGCUAAAAUGCCUUCUGGCAAAAUUAUAAACUAAUUAGCAUGCUGGAGUAAGAAAGCAAAGGACUCCUGGGAGGAAGUGACCAGAGACGCAAAUACUAAAGGAUGCAGACCGUCAUCGCGACACAUGUCUCGCUGUGUACAACUUUUUUUCUCCCGGGGAAACAACUGAAACAACGUUCUCCCAGGACCACGAUGCCCUACAACCACUCAUCUCUUUAUGAACUCUAUUUAUGAACAAUUUUUGAACUAUAAAGUGGGCUUUCAGACUUAAACAGAACAGCGAGUGUUGUGUUGAGCUUUGUGCAGCAGGUAUUCAAGUGUUGUGUUUAUGACCGUGCCAAAGGGUGGGGCUUCACCAAGUCCCCAUGCUUCUUCUUGCAUUUACUCAUCAAUAAAACGUCCUGAUUACAACAGAUGGCCAAAUCAAGCAGUUCAAGCAAACAUUUAGCUCAAAACUCUUCAAUACUCAAGUAUAUUGUUGCAAAUGCUGCCUGAAAGAUUGUAUAAUUUAACCAUUGCUAAUCCUGGGACUAAACUAAGGAAGUUGCAGGCUAAAUGGCAGAUUUCAUUUUUAAUUCACCUUCUAUUACAUUUUAUUAAAUGAUUGGUAUAGCCCUAUGAUAAGAAACCUGUUCACACAUCUAUCCAUGUAGGUUGUGUUAUUUUAUUUUGUAUAAAUAGAUGACACAUUAAAGGAAAGGGACACAUACAGUAAUUAUAUUGAAGGAAGGGUAAACUAUACCACAUGAUGCUAGUUUUUCUGAUUAUUUAUACGCUGCAUCUUUGUGGGGUUUUCUUGUUUUGUUUUGUCUCCUCCACCUUGUAGUGGACAAACUUUUGCAUUGACGCUGGCCAAAUGUAAUUUUAUUAGAACAAUUCUGUAAUUUAUCCCUGCAAUUUUCAACACACAUUCACAGCACUUACAAUUAGAAUGUGAAGCACUUUAAAAAAGGUACAAUUUAGAUUGAAAAAUGUCACUAUUUUUUGGGGAGGGGUGUAUAAAGGUGCAUUUCUUUGUGAGAUUUUACUAACCAUUUACCCCGGUCUAAUCAAUAAUCUAUCAAUAAUCAGCUCUAUAGCACACUAUUUAAACCCACAUUUUAAUAUUUAAGGCUGCUACAAAAGAAAAAUAUCUGACGAGUUUUCAUGGGUUUCAAAAUGAAAUGAAAGCUACCAGCCGUGUCUUAGCACCUGUGGCGUACACUCAACUUGCAAACUGAAUUAUUAUUAUUUUUUUUUUUUGGGGGGGGGGGGGCCUAUGUUAAAAGGGUUGGUAUUGACAUAACUUAAAGUCUGUGCAAUUGUUGAUUAAGUUAACUGGCAGAGAUCUCGAUACCGAUGUCACAGACUGCUUUGCUAAACAGUACAGUAGUCGCGUUCUUUUGUAUCGUUUGUUAAACUUCAUAUCUGAUGCAACAGUGCACGUGCAGUAUCUGCCACGGUGGACGGAGCAUAGUGAUUUAGGAACAAGAGGGAUGGCAUCAGUCAGUGAGGGUUGUAGUUUAGUAAUACAUCAGUAACAGCUGUUAUACAUUGCUUUACCGUUUAAAGUUGUGUUCUCAUAUGGUGCAAGGAAAUACUAUAUUGCUAUUCAGACGAAUAUGUCAGCCUUAUUUAUAGAACCCUGUAUUUUGAAGAAUCUGCUAAGAGCUCAGCAACUUGCUGUUUUGCUGCUAGACAAAGCACUGAAGCCAAUGAAAGAGGGUCUUGGCAGCUACAGAACUAGAGUCUCUGGCAGUUGGUUACCAGUACGCCUAUACAGAGCAUCAUAGUGACCCAAUAACCUGUCAUCAUCCCGACUCAUGUCCCACCAACUCUGCUGCAGGAAUUGCUAAAACUGUAUAAAAAAUGUAAAAAGCUAUCAUGCAGCUGAAGAUACUGUUUUGAUUGAGCUGUAUAGUCUUUUGUACAAAGGGAUUUCGUGGCUGUAAUUAGACUUGUAUUAAUUUUACUCACUGGAGAAGAAUUUUGCUCAACUUUUUUGCUGGAUUAUUUUAACCACUGUGUUUCCAAGUUUUGUAAAUGAUAGGGAAGAUGCCAUUUAUUUAAUAGUCCUCUUUUAUGUUAUGAAAUACUGGUCGUAUAUAGCUGUUGUAAAGUUAACAAAAAGAGGUAUUUAUGAUUUGUUUGGUUGCCAUUUUAUGUGUAAAUACGAACAGACUGUAUAUGUAUUUCCAUGGCAGUACUAACAAGCUGUGUUGUGUGAUAUAGUGAAUCAUCCCUUUGCUAUCUUUUAAUAUAAAAUUGCAUUUCAAUGAAACUAUGACUCGCUCAUCAUUUCUAA